ACCACCCCUUCAACUACUUUCACUGCAACAAUGGCGUCGCCGCCGCCGGUAGAAGAUCAGGCCCGCCUGCUUGAGGAUGCGCUGGCCGUGGUGCGCCAACAGACUAUGCUCAUGCGGCGGUGCCUGGAGACACCGGGCAAGUUGAUGGAUGCCCUCAAAUGCAGCUCGACUCUAGUUUCAGAAUUACGAACGAGCAGUCUGGGCCCGAAGCAGUACUACGAGCUCUACAUGGCCGUCUUCGAUGCGCUCCGCCACCUCUCCGUAUAUCUCCGGGAUAAUCACCCUGUUAACCACCUCGCCGACCUUUACGAGCUGGUCCAGUAUGCUGGAAAUAUCAUACCCCGAUUGUAUCUCAUGAUUACGGUCGGGACCGUCUAUAUGGCUAUUGAGGAUGCGCCAGUCAAGGAGAUCAUGAAAGACAUGAUGGAGAUGAGCCGCGGCGUUCAACAUCCCAUUCGUGGUCUCUUCCUACGAUACUAUCUCGCUGGGCAAGCGCGUGACCAUCUGCCUACGGGGACAGGCGACGGACCGGAGGGGAACCUACAGGACUCAAUCAGCUUCAUCCUGACCAACUUUGUCGAGAUGAACAAGCUUUGGGUACGGCUCCAGCACCAAGGGCACUCUAGGGAGCGGGAACAACGGACAAAGGAGAGACAGGAGUUGCAACUGCUUGUAGGGAGUAAUCUCGUCAGACUGAGCCAGCUUGUCGAUCUGGAGAAUUACAAGAAGAUCCUGAAUCCAUUGCUAGAGCAAGUCGUGCAGUGUAGGGAUGUGCUUGCACAGGAGUACCUCCUAGAAGUUGUAACACAGGUUUUCCCGGACGAAUAUCACCUUCAUACCCUCGACCAAUUCCUCUCUGCCACCGCUCGAUUGAACCCUCACGUGAACGUCAAGGACAUCGUCAUUGGGCUCAUGGACCGAUUAUCCGCAUAUGCGCUGCGAGAGUCGGAAUCGGAGUCGCCUGAACAACGGACCAAAACAGAAGAAGAGGCCGUGAGCGCUUUGUUCGAGCGGUUACGGAUAGCCAAGGAACAGAAAGAAGCGGAACCCCCGAAGCAACAAAAUGGGGAGAUCUCAGAGCCCACGGAAGAUGGAGAAGAAGCGUCACGAGCGUCGUCUAUAACGGCUGUUGCUCCCGCUUCUGAGGCCGAUACUACAACAGCAGAGAGCGACGAGAAGAAGUCUCGGGGCAUACCAGACAGUGUCAGGCUGUUUGAAAUAUUCCACGAGCAGGUGGCUAGCCUGGUGAAGAUGCAACGGCUACCUAUACAGGAUACUAUCUCGCUCCUAGUAUCACUAGCGAAUCUCUCUCUGAACAUCUACCCAGAUCGCCUCGACUACGUGGAUCAAGUCCUUUCGUUUGCCAACGAAAAGGUUGCUCAAUUCGCCAACAGCGCCGAUCUACACUCUCAAGCGACUCAAAGUCAAAUUCUCAAUCUCCUGCUCGCCCCCAUAAAGACCUACAUAUCACUGUUUACUGCGCUCGCACUUCCGAGUUUCAUACCACUUCUACAUUCUCAACCCUAUCCCACGCGACGAGCUGUGGCUGGCGAAGUUGCACGAAGUCUGCUGAGAAAUCAAACGCCCAUCACUUCAGUCGAGAACCUCGAGAGCGUACUGGAGAUUCUAAAGGUCCUAAUAAAAGAAGGCAUCCAACAAGCGUCGGGAUAUCCGGGCGGCCCAAUACAGAGAAAAGCCACGGAGACAGACGAGACCAUAGAAGAGCAGGGAUGGCUUGCACGCAUCACCCACCUAAUAAAAGGCCCGGACAACGACACUCAAUUCAAACUCUUGCAAACCGCCCGUAAGUCUUUCGCCGACGGCAACGAGCGCGUCAAAUUCACAACUCCGGCACUUGCCACCGCAUCGCUCAAACUCGCACGUUCCCUCAAACGCCGAGAGCACCUGGACGACAGUUGGUCCUCCACCACUUCAGCCCUGUACAAAUUCCUCCAUUCCACCCUCAGCGCACUAUACACGCGUGUACCCGCGUCGGCAGACCUCUCUCUCCGGCUUUUCACUGCCUGUGGCCAGAUCGCCGACCAAACCGGUCAUGAGGAAGUUGCAUACGAGUUUUUCGCACAGGCAUUCACCAUUUACGAGGAGGCCAUUUCGGAUAGCAGAGCACAGUUCCAGGCUGUGUGCGUCAUUGCAGGCGCACUACACGAAACAAGAGGCUUCGGAAAGGAGAACUACGACACCCUCAUUACCAAGGCCGCUCUCCAUGGAAGCAAGCUGCUCAAGAAGCCCGACCAGUGUCGUGCUGUUUACUUGGCGAGCCAUCUAUGGUGGGCCACCGAGAUCCGGGGGAGAGGAGAGGAAGAUCCAAAGACAUUGUACCGGGACGGUAAACGAGUCCUUGAGUGUCUCCAACGCGCUCUUCGCGUCGCAGAUGCAUGUAUGGACGCCGCUGUUUCUGUGGAGCUGUUUGUCGAGAUUUUAAACCGCUAUGUCUAUUACUUUGAUCAAGAAAACGAGGCUGUGACGACAAAGUACCUAAACGGCCUCAUCGAACUGAUCCACUCGAACCUCUCCUCAAAUGAGUCAACGUCAUCCGUCGAAAACCCCAAAAAGCAUUUCCAGCGCACACUGGACUACAUUGCGAGCCGGGAGUACGAGGGCGUCGUGACGGCGGCGAAGUGAGACUCUGCUGAAUUAGCGUGUUGCAUGGAGGUGAAGAGGCAAUGUGAUUCCUGGUGCUGUUGUCUCUCUGUACUCAUAGAACUAUGCUCGGCCGGGCGAGGCUGGCCGGAGGAGUGUAGCGAAGCGAAGCGGGAUAAGUUGUAUGUAUUGGAAAUAUUUAUUAAGUCCCGCAUCUUGUGCUCCCGUUGUAUGCGAGGUGCCGUUGUGAUUCCGUAAGAGUCACGCUUCAUUAAAGAGUCCCAGUCACCAGUAAAAAUGCGGGGUCUUUGAAUACGUGAGAGCUGUCACUUUUUACAACUGUGUGCUGAUGUAAUGCAUACAUAAAGCUCUGUCUCUGAAGACACUCGUACGUGGGUAUGUUGGUGGAUAGCAAGGUCCAUACUUUUGUUUUUUCCGACUCAGGAGACGGCGGGGAAUGCUGCUGGAAGUC